AUGAACCAGACAACAGUCCCGCCGCAGUCACUUACUGCGGGAAUUUCGGAAGUGAAAAUGUGCUCAUCAUCCCAUAAACCAAAGAAAGCCCACAAGAAAGCCCGACUUCCUGCACAUUAUCGCACACGCCUGAAACUGAGGUUUGAGCGAUUACUCGCUGUGCUCGAGGCUUCCAAGGUGAGGAACGAGGCUGUGGGCGACGGGGACUCGGAAGCACCGGAUUUUUGUUACAGUCGAGGCGAAGUGUUGGAUGCCGCAAGGCAUCGCAUCCUUACUCUCGAGGAAGAGAACAGAUAUCUGUCUACUCAAAUAAGGGAUCUAAAUAAAAGGUUCAUGAGUCAGUGACAGAGGGGAUACUUUUAACGAAGGCCUGAGAAGGAAAGAUAAGAAACGCUGGAGGUUGGCGACAACCAUGUGGAGAUAAAUAGUUAAGGUUAUUGCGCAUGUUUGUGAGGGGAACCACUCAACUAAUAUAUGCAUGUGUCUUUCGUG